AUGCCCGCACAACCUGCUCUGGAUAUCCCCGACGAGAUCACGGCCGGAGCGCUGAAGUCUCUGAAGGAAGAGUUUAGGGAGAACCAGUCGAUCUGGAGAGAUGAAAUGGACAUCUACAAGAUCCGAUUAGCUGCGUUCGAGAAACAAGAGAAGGAGCCAAAGCUUAACCGCGUUCUCGACCGUCUAGACACACCAUACGAACGUAUGCGUUUCCUUGCGAAUAGAUUCUCGAGAACUAAUGCGUAUGGCGUCGAGGUGUUCCUAAGAUGGAGAGAAGACGCAACAAAAGGACCGAAGAAGGGGGAAGACGUUCUGAAGUGGCUAGACGAGUGGGAAUCCCUACGUGAAGAAGUCGUUAGCUUAAACUAUGAGAAUGCAUCGUUCCACCCACUAUUAUUUAUGAAAGCGGUUAAAGAGGUUCUGCCGUCAUGGUGGGAGAACCGGUUCCAAUAG